AUGGGUUUACAUUUUUACAUCUCAAUUCUUUCUAUUGCAGCUUUGGCUCUAUGCACUUUAGCAGAAGAAGACAGUUCUGUUAAUUUUAGUUAUAUUGGUCAAAAUGGUCCAGAGAAAUGGGGAAGUUUGAGUCCAGAUUAUGCAGCAUGUUCAAAUGGGAAAAUUCAGAGUCCAGUGGAUCUUGUAUACACAGAUAUUGUUUUGAACAAUCAAUUGAAACCAUUAGAAAGAAACUACGUUCCUACAAAUGCUACACUUGUUAACAACCAAUUCAAUAUUGGGGUUCAUUUUGAAGGAAAAGUGGGAGACAUUUAUAUUAACGGAAAAAAUUACUCAUUAAGACAACUUCACUGGCACACUCCUGCAGAGCACCGGGCGCAUGGCCGUGUACAUGAAGCAGAGCUUCACUUAGUUCACCUAACAGAAGAUAACAACAAUAUAGCAGUUGUGGCAUCACUUUACAAUUUGGGUGAUCCUGAUCCUCUAAUCUCCAAGAUUGAAGACAAGUUAUAUGAGCUAGAAAACCAAAGUCGUGGUGCAGGAAACAAAAAUGCCAAAAUUUCCCUUGGCAUAUUUGAUGUAAAAGAAAUAAAUCAAAAUAUUCAUAGAUAUUAUAGAUAUAUUGGAUCUCUCACAACUCCUCCAUGCACAGAAGGUGUCAUUUGGAACAUCGUCGGAAAGGUGAGAACAUUGUCCAAGAAACAACUUGAACUUCUAAAAAAACCAUUGAGUGUGAAUUUUUCCCAUAAUGCAAGGCCACUUCAGCCAUUGAACGGUCGCCAAAUUGAGAUGUAUCACUAUCACCCUAAUCGGAAUCUCACUUCCAUAUUCCGCAUUCAUUUGAACAAGUUGUUUGUCUUCUCUAACACAAGAUUCACUCUUCCGCUUACCCAAAGGCACCACAAAUCUACUAAUGACAUCUACCUCUUCUAA